AUGUCUGAGAGCUCAGAAAAUAAAUUUACAACUCCAACAUUCAAAGUGUCUCUAGCGAGAAGAGGAAAUGGGAAGGUGAGAAAACUAAAAACAUGUAGCAUUGAAAAAGAUCUAAGAGGAAGCUUUUCAUCCCUAAUAUUUAAGAACGAAGGAAUAAAUAUAUAUAUGACCCAAAUCGUUCCGAAGUCCAUUCCUGAGCUUCCAAGGGAAAUUGCAGAGCAGUUGCAUACAUUAGGCAAGGAUGAGUUUAAAGGAGCUAGGAAAGAUAGAUGCAAUAAAAGGAACUUAAAAGAAGAUAAAAAUACCAAAAAGCGGAACCGGAGGAUCAAUCCAUUUAUUGCAUUUAGAAGCUAUUACAGCAAAUUUGCGAAUGGAAAUAUAACACAACAGAAACUCUCGGUAUUAUUAUCUAAGUUCUGGGCAGCAAAGAAGGAUGUACAGGAGGUGUGGGAUUGCUUAGCACAACACUAUAAUGUUGAAUGCACUAACCUUAGUUUUUCCGAAUGGUUAGAGCAGACUUACCAAAGCAAAUCGGUUCCAGAGCUUCGCUUAUCUCACAAAGAUUCCCACAUAAAAAAACCGUUUAUCGAGGAUCUAUAUCUAAGAGACAUGAAUUUCAUCGCUCUUCAAUCUUUCACCGGGAAUAAGCGUGACUGGAUUGAGCCAAAUUUCAAUGAUUUAAGUUUAGAGUAUUCUUUUCCAGGUUUCAUUACUUAA